AUGGACACUACGACAUUAAAAGAAGCUGAUAUGAAUCAGAUGAUAAUAAAACUUAUGGACAAAAAAAAAAAAAAAAAUAUUUAUGAAAAAAACAUACUGGAACAUGAAAAUUUUGUUCAUAUGAAGAAAUUUAAAAAAAGUACAAAUGAAGAAAAAAGCUUGAAUAAAAACGAAAUAAAAAGUCAUAUGAUUAAUUUUUUUCAAGAACAAGAGAAAUUAUAUAAAGAAGAGGAACUUAAUACGAAAAAUUAUAUAAUAGAAGAAACAAAAAAGAAAGAAAAACAACUUAACACUUAUUAUAUUUAUUGUCAAGAAUUCAAAAAUGAAUAUAACAAUUAUUUUAAUAAUUUCAUAAAAGAAUCAGAGGAAAUUAAAAAGGAAUUAAAAGAUCUACAGAUUCAAUAUAUGGAUGAUAAGAUAUUAUUAGGAAAUAAAAGAAAAAUGGAACUUGAUAAGAUGCUAUAUAUUUAUAAAGAAAAAUUAUUAGACAUAAAAAAUCAUUGGGAUACUAAAAAUUUUUGUGAUGAUAAUUUAAAAAAUAUUGUAUAUGAUAUAUUAAAUGUUAUAAAUUAA